UGCCAGUAGUUGUGAGAGAGUGAGGGAGAAAGGCAGGGAGGGAAGGAAAAAAGACUUAACUGGCAAAUGUAAAGAAAAGCCCCUUUUAUCCUAGAAAGAGAAUAUUUUAAAGCAAAUCUCAGACCAGAAGAAAAGAAGCCCGUGGGAAGGGAUGAGCCAGGCAAGAUCUGGGGAAGCAUAGGGUCACCAAAGGCAACUUCCAUGCCGACCCUGAUUUUUCUGCAGAGGAUCUGAGGCAGCACAGAGGCAGAGUGGGCCAGCUGGAUGCACCCACUACCCUGCACGAGUAGGUGCUGCUCCUGAAAUUCUUUACCCACAGUAGAGCCUACAAAGUACAACUUGCAAGAAAAGGCAGUGGGAGCGGGAGAGACUCUGCCUCUCCUUUUCUUGAACUGAGCCUGUGAGGAAAAGAGCUCAUCUGCCCAAAGGGAAAAACUGCCACCAGUUCUGAGACUCUUCUUUAGCCUAAGUCGGUUGCCUGAUCCAGUACUUACAUCCAUGGGGGAACGCCCUCUGGAGCCCUGCGGUCCUUCCCAAUCCUGCUAAGUUCUUGGAAAAUACUGGAGAAGAACUGAGCCCAGAACAAGCAGCGUGGGAUCCACAGAACAACAGCCUUUUACAACAGCAGCCAGCUCUGAUUAAAACUAUCAGCUUCAUCAGACUGCACCAAGACCCAGGACUGCUCCUCCUGGGAAAGAGAGGACCAAGCAAUGAUGAAGACUAUGUCUGGUGGAAACUGCAACCUGAACGUGCCGGCCAAGAACUCGUACCGCAUGGUGGUGCUGGGAGCCUCCAGGGUGGGGAAAAGCUCCAUCGUCUCUCGCUUCCUCAACGGCCGCUUCGAGGAUCAGUACACUCCCACCAUCGAGGACUUCCAUCGCAAGGUCUACAACAUACGGGGAGACAUGUAUCAGCUGGACAUCCUGGACACCUCUGGGAAUCACCCUUUCCCUGCCAUGAGGAGGCUUUCCAUCCUAACAGGGGAUGUUUUCAUCCUGGUGUUCAGCCUGGACAAUAGAGAAUCCUUUGAUGAGGUCAAGCGACUCCAGAAACAGAUCCUUGAGGUCAAAUCCUGCCUGAAGAACAAGACCAAGGAAUCAGCUGACCUCCCCAUGGUCAUCUGUGGCAACAAAAAUGACCACAGUGAAAUCUUCCGCAAGGUACGCACUGACGAAGGUGAGAAUCUUGUCUCCAGUGAUGAAAACUGUGCUUACUUCGAAGUGUCGGCCAAGAAGAACACCAAUGUAGAUGAGAUGUUUUAUGUCCUCUUCAGCAUGGCCAAGCUACCUCAUGAGAUGAGCCCUUCCCUCCACAGGAAAAUCUCCAUCCAGUAUGGUGACACUUUCCAGCAGAAAUCCUUCCGGAUGCGCCGAGUCAAGGACAUGGACGCCUAUGGCAUGAUCUCUCCCUUCGCUCGCCGGCCAAGUGUCAACAGUGACCUGAAGUACAUCAAAUCAAAAGUUCUCAGGGAAGGGCAGUCCAGGGAGAGGGAGAAAUGCACAGUCCAGUGAAGGAGGCUCGCUCUUCUGUCUGAAGACAACAUCCACGUGCAGUGCCUUAAAGAAAAAUGGUCUGUGGAAGCAAAGAACAGGCUCACGGGGUUUAUUGAGAAAACCCAACAUGGAGAAAGGAUAACUUCCUGUGGAUUCUGCUGAGUCACAAAUGUAGAUAACAUCAACCUUGAGGACAACUGGGAAUAAUCAUACAGCUGAGAUACAAGUGCAUUUUUUUGUCUUUGUAAUGUAGUUCCUCUUCAUUCCCCUUUUUGUUUGAAAAAUAGAGUCCUGAGAAGUAAAGACAUUUCAACCUUAUCAUUACAAAGAAAAUAGAUCAAAAAUAGAAAAUUGAUCAAAAAUGCACAGCAUUAACAGUGACCCAGCAUGCAGCUCUUGCUAAGAGAGAGGAGGUUAUAUGUGUGUAUGUGUGUGUAU